AUGGUCCCGUCAUGGCUGGCGCGAGUGUUCCGAAGACGGCGAAUCGACGAGCAGUUCCUGCGGCACUCGGAAUGGGCGCGGCGGCUCGGCGUGCCGCUCGUCGUCGCGUUGGCCGCCAUCAAGAGCGUCGCCCUCAUGCUCUUCAUCAUUUUGCCCUUUUCGCUCACACAAAUCGCCGGCCCGAGCACCGUUCUCGCCCUCAUCUUCGCCUUUUUGAUCGUCUUCUUUUCCGGUUGGCCUUUUGUUUUCUAGCACCAAAAAAAAGACACGGUUUCUCAGCCGCUCACUUGUCGGAACUGUCGUGCACGAUGCCCAAGAAUUGUGUACAAUAUCAUUUCGCCUACGCGGUUAUUGGCGAGUUUCCCGCUUAUUUGGUCGCCUGGUUGAGUCUGGCCGAUUAUAUCGGACAGGCCGGACUGUUUUGCAAGGCGUGGGCCGAUCACUUUGUGAGUUUCGUGGCCUAGUGGACCUUCUUUUCCUAAAAGUUGGCCAAGAGGUCAUCAAAUCUAGGGCUAAGUUAGUACGCGCUCCUUCCGUUUCCAGAACCUGCUGUUCCGCGGGCUCCCCGCCAAAUCGCUGACGUUCUCGGUGUUCUCCGCCGACUCGUCGAUCCUCUCGCCGCGAGUCGACGUGCUGACCGUCGUCUCGGCCGUCAUCACGCUCUUCCUGCUGCUCUGCUCGCUCCGAGUCGUCGGCACCAUCUGCGUCUCGCUUCUCGCCGUCACUCUUCUCAUCGCCGCCUCGUGUACGAUGGUCGCAUUCUUCCAUUCGGAUCCCGAGAAUUGGAUACGCGCCGACUUUUUUCAUUUCGGAUAUCGGGGCGUGAGUUUUGACGUGACCUACUCACUGUGUGACCUACUUUUUGCCCGCCAGGUACUCUACGCAAUCUGUGCCCUGUGCGCCUGUUACACGGGCAUCGAGAGCACGUCGUGCCUCCUGGAAGAGACGAAGAAUCCGCGAAAGCGAAUUUCGAGUAUAUUGUCGUUCCUCGUGCUCACCCUCACCACCAUCUUCUUCGUGCUUUCCGUCACUUUCAGGUGCGCCACUCCUACAGUAAUCCUUCCCGACUUACCGUAAGCAACUUUCAGUUUGUCGACAAAUGUGACGGCGUUGUCCGAGGGCAUCAUGAUUCCCGAAGUGUUUUCGGUCAUCAACAUUCCGGCGGCAAAGUGAGUUGGGAAAACCGUGUAAAAAUAUCGUUUUUCAUCCCAAUUUUGCACGGAAAUGCACAAAAAAUAGAGAAUUGCACAGUUUCCGCAUGAAUUUUCGUGAACUUUCCGAAUUUCCGCCCCGUUUUCUCCUCUCACUAUCAGAUCGUCGUCGCCUCCGCCAAAGUACUGGGUGCGUCGAUUUCCGAUGGUGCAUCACGAAAGCGCGUCCCAGUCGCCAAUCACCUCCCACGCAUUCAGAUCCUACUACGAGCAGGGGUUCGUCCGAAUGCGGUUCGUCGAUCCAUUUCCGCUUUUUCUUUGGUUCCCGCUUAGAAACUCGAGUAGUUUUUUUUUUUUUUCUUUUGGGUUUGAAAGCUUCACGCGAGUACAAUAAAUCGAUAUUUGCAGGUACAUGCUGUCGGUCUGUUCGGUUUGUGCCCUUUCCGGCGGAGUUUUGGCGUCUUUCCUGCCGGCCACGCGUGUCAUUGCGGCCCUCUGUCACGGUACAGUAACCCCUCGCAUCCUUUAAAGACCCACCUCCGUUUGCAGACCGUCUCAUCCCGUACGCGAGGGACACUUCCACAAAAAGUCCCUAUUUUGCCGUCCUUCUCUGCACCGCACUCGUCGCCCUUUGCGCCAUGAUCCAGAAGAACGUCCUCCUCAAUUUUGUCAUCUUUAUGGCGCCAGUCAAGAUGGCCAUUACGGUGAAUAGAAGGGCACAGUGUAGCUCAGCGGUCCGUAGAAACAGAAUGUACACAAUUCUGUACUGAACAUUUUCUCAGUUGACGACAUUUUGACAUCUCUACCGGUAGCUGAGAUACACGCCAUCGAAGCUCUCCCCUUCUAUCACAGUGUUGACGGUAUCUGGUUGCCUCUUCAGAUUGUGCUCGUCUUCAUCCAGCACUACCAUCCGGAGCAGAUCGGCAUCCCCGAGGAGACGAGCAGCUACAAGACGAUCGGCAAGAAACGCACGUGCGUGCACAUCGACGACGGCAUUUCGAUCGCGGCGGAGAGCGCGUCGGAAGUGCGUGAGGAGGAGGAAAGCGAAGUGAGCAGCAGUCGCUCCUCGUUCGACACCACCGCCUUUCUCUACAUGAAGGCCACGAAGAUGGAGACGGAACGGCUGCAGAGACGGCUCGAUCGGGUAGGCGCUCGUUGUGCACCCGAUUUCACGACAAUUUGCACAUUUUUUGAUUGCAGGAAGAGAAAGAACGCGAAAACGAGGAACGUCGGCCGGUUCUCGCCAAAUCCGUGUCGCAAUACAACUCGAUCGAGGAGCAAUGCAAGAAGAAGCACAGAAAACACGCGCAUAAUUGUGUUGCCGAACAGUGCGGCGCCGAAAACGAUGAUGGUAUGCUCGUUGACCCGAAAAUGCGUCCAAAACAUUGCAUCUGACGGAAAAAUGCAGAAAAUACGUUUUCAGACUACAAUUCGCAAGAAGUGCACCUGUUCGCCAACGAAGAGCCCGAACUGCCGUUCUUUUCGACGUUCUCCUCGUCGGCGCCACGCCCACCCUCUCCGGAUGUCAGUUUUUCGAUUCUCCGCCGUUCUCGCCGACUUUUGACGCUUUUUUGCGUGACGACAAUCUCAUUUGCCGCGUAUUUACGGAACUUCGCGGCGCACACGGCCGCAUGUUGGAUUGUGAGUGUCUGUUUCGCGGCGGGCAUCGUUCUGUUCUCGAUCAAUAUCAAUCGGCUGCAAACCAACGAUUAUUUGUACAAGUAAAUCGGAAAUUUGAAAUUUGUACGCCUAAAAAUGUACUUUUUCAGAAAAGAAUCAAAAGUGACACUUUUCCCGACGGCCUCCCUGUUCGCACUGUUUCUGCUGCUUAUUUCGUUCUCCGCAAGUGUUCCCACACGUACAUUAGGCCAUUUGACGGCUGUUUUUAUUAUAGGUUUAUUGCAAAUUUCGAAAAAUGUCUCAUUAGAGCGCGUUUGCAAUUUCAGGCGCAGUUUCCUACUUUCUGUACGGCUAUCGACAUAGCAAACAUCGAAAAGCAGUGUGUUUGGUGAUUGAGAAUAGGUACUCGAAUGCGGACGCCGCCGACGAUGACCAAUAUUGCCCUAUUGUGGGUCUCGACACGAAUUCGCACUAUAGCUACGACCAAUGA